CCCCCUCCACCCCAUCCAUGCAGCAGCCGUGACUUCCAUCUUCCAAUACAUGUCCAUGUUCCGUGGUCCCGCUGCCCCCCGACACCCCACCCAGACCAGGCCGGAGGGCAAGUUUUGCACGUUUUGACUGAAUGGCCCAGCACUGUGUCACCAGUCACACCCGUAGCAGGUAUGCCUGGGAGGUUCGGGAGGGCAGUUUUCAUGCACAGUGUGGUCCAGAGAAGCAAAGGUAGGUGAUCUGGCGGGAGAUCGGACUGAAGCAGAUGUGUGGAUGGACAACGUUGGGGGUGGCCUCCCACUUAGCUUUCUCACUCAGGCGCUGAACAACAGCCGAGUGCAGAGCCCAGGCCGGGCCUUGUAAGGGAGAGAGAGGAAUCACAGAGGGCAAGGAUCUGCUCCCGGGGAGCACAAACUCCGGUCCCUGCGAAGAUGGACUCAUGUCACCUCGGCAACAAGAACGUGGGACAGGAUGGAGUAACGGGCAGAGCCUGCGAGUCGGAGGAGUCUGAGAACACGCCCUUCUGGGAACGACGUUUUGUUCUCCGAUUGUGAUUAUGAGACUAGAGAGAAGAAGGACAACAGGAAAAUCUUCAUUUGAGCGUCAGAGGAGAUAAAACGCAGAAGUGAAUUCGAGAAGGCGUCGGGUCGCGGACUCUCCCGGGAGCCGCGUGUUUGGCGCAGAUGGAGCCAGAGGCUGCCCCGCGCGUGUCGGCGCCCGGCUCGCUCCUGUCCUUCGCGCUCCUCAGCUGCUCUGCGCUGCGCUCAGCCCAGUUUACUGUCGUGGGGCCAGCUGACCCAGUCCUGGCCAUGGUGGGAGAAGACACCAUGUUCCACUGCCACCUGUCGCCCGAGAAAGACGCGCAGCGCAUGGAGGUGCGCUGGUUCCGCGCGCAGUUCUCCCGGGCGGUGCUCGUGUAUAAGGGCGGACGAGAGAAGACGCAGGAGCAGAUGGAGGAGUACCGGGGAAGGACCACCUUUGUGAGCGAACACAUCAACACGGGGAGCGUGGCGCUCGUCAUCCGCAACGUCACAGCCCACGACCGCGGCAUCUACCACUGUUACUUCCAAGAAGGCAGGUCCUACGACGAGGCCAUCGUGCGCCUGAUGGUGGCAGGCCUGGGCUCUAAGCCCCUCAUCGAAAUGAAGGGCCAGGAGGAUGGAGGUGUGCGGCUGGAGUGCACGUCCAGAGGCUGGUUCCCAGAGCCCCGUGCGGUGUGGAGGGAUCCUCUCAGUGCGAUCAUGCCGGCCCUGGAGGAGGCUUACACGGUGGACGCAGAUGGCCUCUUCAUGGUCACCACGUCCGUGGUCAUCAGGCCCUGCUGUGUGAGGAAGACAUCCUGCUCCGUCAGCAACACCCUGCUUGGCCAGGAGAAGGAAACUGUGAUUUUCAUCCCAGAAUCCUUUGCUGCCGGCACCUUUUCCUGGACGGUGGGCCUCGCUGUCAUCCUGCCUUCUCUGCUCCUUUUCACCGCCGGGAGCAUCUGUCUCAUCAGGAAACUCCACAGGGGAAAAGAGGUUGAAAAUGAAGAGAAGGAAAUCGCAUGUAAGGAACUGGAGACAGACCAUGCGGAAGAAGAGAAAGAGCAUCACAUCAAAGAGCAACUUCAAGAAGAAUUGCGAUGGAGACGAGCCCUGCUACAGGCCGCUGACGUGGUCCUAGACCCGGACACCGCUCAUCCCGAGCUCUUCCUGACGGAGGACGGGAGAAGCGUGAGAAGAGGCCCCGCCAGGCAGAGUGUCCCCGACAACCCGAAGAGAUUCGACUGCCGGCCUUGUGUCCUGGGCCUGGAGAGCUUCUCCUCAGGGAGGCAUUACUGGGAGGUUGAGGUUGAAAACGUGAUGGUGUGGGCUGUGGGGGUUUGCAGAGACAGUGUUGAGAGGAAAGGGGAGGCCCUCCUGGUCCCCCAGAAUGGCUUCUGGACCCUGGAGAUGUUUGGAAACCAGUACCGGGUCCUGUCUUCCCCGGAGAGGAUUCUUCCCCUGAAAGAGCGUCUUCGUCGGGUGGGUGUCUUCCUGGACUAUGAAGCUGGAGAUAUCUCCUUCUAUAACAUGAGGGACAGAUCACACAUCUACACAUGUCCCCGUUCACCCUUUUCUGGGCCCCUGAGACCCUUCUUCAGGCUGGGGUCUGAUGACAGCCCCCUCUUCAUCUGCCCAGCCUUCACAGGGGCGCGGGGGAUCCUGGUGCCCGAGGGCGGCCUGAUCCUCCACAGGACAGGGACCAGUCACAGCCCCCACGAACAGUGCCCUGGCCUCAGAGCCAAGUAGAGAAGCCCUGGCCAUCUCUGCUACCACAGCACAGCACCCUGGAAGGAAACAGGCCCUCCUUCCCAGUGGACACAUGGAAGAACCUCCUCCAGAGGCCCCUCCAACACCCUCUUCAGACCCAGCCCCAUCCGCCCCUCAUUAGGCUGUUGCUUUAGUAACUCAUUUGCUGGGAACCACGGGGCAGGGUCUGGCCUCAGAGAGGGGCCGCCACAUGGCUCCCACCCAUGAAGAGUGUGUGAAAGUGACAGGCUUUCCCAUCAGAGUGACACAUUGAGCCUGAUGCUCAGGUUGAUGUCAGACACUGUGGACUCAAGGUGAGGGCAUCUGGACACAGCAGGCUGUGAGGGGAGGGAAGCCACUGCUGGAGGUCAAGGACAGAGGAAGCUGCCAGGGAGGUGGGAGCCUCGGCAUCACAGCCAAGGGGCACAGGGGCUGAGGAUCCAUUUCCACCCCUCCCCUGAGCUUUCCAGAGCACACAGCAAAGCCCUCCCAGCCUAGAACUGAGCUGGAGAAGGAUGAAGACACAUCUCGGCCUGGCUCAGGUGUCCCCUCAAUAAACUGGGAGUCAGUACUCAGUUACUGAGUGUGGCCUGAGGUUUAAGGUCCUAGCUGAGCAGGUGAGAACUGAACCAGGUGGAUACCCGGGUUCAGGUUCAGUGGGGAAAGCAGCACUUUCCCACGUUUUGACCUCAGGCUGCCUUUAGACAUUAACAGUCAUGGAGAGGGGUCCCUGGGUGGCGCAGUCGGUCGAGUGUCCCAACUCUUGGUUUUGGCUCAGGUCUCGA